UUGAGGUGCUGCUGUAAUCUACAAACUGCUGUCCUUUGAACGGGGUGUGUUUGGUUCUCAGGCUUCAUGUGCGGCACGUCGGUGCUGGACAAAGAUGGGGUCAGCGCUGCUGUGGUCAUAGCAGAAAUGGCUGCCUGGCUGGACACCAAGGGCCAAACGCUGGCACAUCAGCUAACGGAGAUUUAUAAAACGUAUGGCUACCACAUUUCAAAAACCUCCUACUUCCUGUGUUACGAUCCCCCUACAAUCAAAAGGAUAUUUGAAAGGCUCCGAAACUUCGAUAUGCCUGAUUCUUACCCGACCUCUUGCGGGACGUACGGUAUUCUCCAUGUCCGGGAUGUCACCACCGGCUAUGACAGCAGCCAGCUAAAGAAAAAAUCGGUGUUGCCCGUGAGCAAAAACAGCCAGAUGAUCACCUUCACCUUUCAAAACGGCUGCGUGGCCACUCUCCGGACCAGUGGAACCGAACCAAAGAUUAAAUACUACGCCGAGAUGUGUGCGCUGCCAGGCCAGAGGUGGGGAAACUCCUCCCUGUCAACGGAGCCUGAUUCCUAGAAGGCCUUAUAGCCAAGAGAGGGGAGAGGGGAGAGGAAAUGGCCUU